CGAAUGGAUUUAUAAGCCACGUCAAUUUGUAAGCCGGACAAAAUGCCGUGAUUUUAGGCUGUCCUAAUGCCAAGCGAUACCAAAACCGACACUUUAUUCGGGAAGUGAUGACUCAGAUAACACGAACAGCUGUUAGUCAGUAGAUUAAAAUGAGGCUUGUGCGUUUUCUUUUCGUACGAGUUCAUCUUAAAUCCUCUUACUCGGUUAGCGGAUGUGGUCGAGGAUGCAAUUGUAAAAAGCCUGGAUCACAAGGAUCAUCGAUGGGCCUAUGCGGAGUAUUCUAGGCGUUGUUUCGGUUGCUGCUGCCGAAAAGGGAACAUGGAUCACGCUCACGGAUGUUUCUUGUGACGAAGGCUCCUCCCUCGGGCGAAAUGCCGUGUUUUAAGGAGACAUGCUAUUUAAUAUGUCCCACUUUCUCCACGUGUGCCUGUAUUGGCAGCGUACAAUGGUUAUCCUUUCGUGAUCGAAUUCGACAAACGGCGGUCGUCAAAAGAGCAGAUGAACACAGGCGAGGUCCCUGCCCAUGAGAUGAAGCUGGGAGCUUUGGUUGUUCUUCUGUUCUUCACACUAUUAUGUGGUUUUGCACCUUUGUGCUUCGUCAGAGGGGCAGGGAGGUGCAGUAUAUACCCAGAAACACGUCACAGAAUAGUGAGCUUGGUGAGCUGCUUUACUGGAGGAGUGUUCUUAGCUACUUGCCUUCUGGACCUGGUGCCUGACUACCUGAAUGGAAUCAAUGAUGCAUUUCGAGGCCUGGGCAUAAUCCUUCAGUUCCCUCUACCCGAGUUCAUCAUUGCCAUGGGCUUCUUCUUGGUCUUGGUGCUGGAGCAGAUAGUUUUGGCUCUCAAAAGCCAAUCGACUAGCCAUUCUGAAGUAAGACAUCCACUGUUGGUGGACCCUAAAAUCCAAUCAUUUGACAGAGAUGGUUGGAGACUCUUACAUGGUAGAGAGGACUUAGGGGGAGAGGACACCUGCUUUCAUGUGGACUUUAACAUCAUCCCGGCCAUCCGGGCAUUCGUUCUUGUCUUUUCAUUAUCUCUGCAUUCUGUUUUUGAGGGCCUGGCUGUGGGGUUACAGCAGCACAGUCAUGAAGUGCUGCAGAAAUGUGUGGGUUUGCUCCUCCACAAGAGUAUAAUCUCCUUCAGUCUUGCCCUGAAACUGACCCAAGGUAAGCUGCGGCGGGCCGCCGUUUUGAGUUGCCUUCUGCUCUAUGCUAUUAUGUCCCCACUGGGCAUUGUGCUGGGCAUUGCCAUCAACGACACCAAGUUACCUUCCCAGCACCAUCUGGCCAAGUCCACCUUAGAAGGCCUGGCAUCGGGCACCUUCAUGUAUAUCACCUUUAUGGAGAUCCUACCACACGAGCUGAGCUCCCAACAAAACCACAUGAACAAGGUGGCCAUGUUGCUCUCUGGGUUUGCAGUGGUUACUGGGGUACUAUUCAUCAAAAUGUGAACAUCCGGUGGAUCAAGCUGUUGGAUAUCUUUCUUUCAAACACUGACAACUGUUCUGGGACAAAACUAAACAUUUUACUAAGUGCUGUGACUACACUAGAAAUAAUAUUUAUAAUGACUAACUAUAAUGACUAAUAAGAAUUAGUAAUAUGACAUGAGAACAAAAGCUACUAAACCCUUAUCAUUAAUUAAUGCAAACAUGUUUUCUGUAUUUUUUUUUUGUGUGUGUUAUGUAAAACCUGAUGUGGUCAAAGUGACCUGAUAUAAAACUGGAGAAAAUCUGAUCAAAGUAUAACAGAGUUUGAUAUUCCAGUAUACCUAAUAUUUUGCUUGCUGUGAAAUUUGAGUCGUGAAUUGCAAACAGCCUUAACCUGUGAUGGCAAUUCCAUCGAUCGACACUCUUAAAGGAGUAAGAACAGAGACAAAAACAUAAUGUAAACAAAGUAUAUACAGUUGGCUGAUACUUACACAGCCUUAAAGACUUAAAAAGCAAAUGGUGUGUUUGCUCCUUGUCAGAGCAUGUCACUGUCAUAUGUUAUGAGACUCAAGUAGUCCUCUAACAUUCUUAAAUGUUUCACUUUUAAUUCACGGAAAGGUGCUUUUCUUUGUGACUUUUUACACCAGCGCUUGUUUCUGUACUUUCUUUACUGAAUAAAAGUAAUCUGAAAUAA